AUGGAAGCCGAGUUUGUGGCGGCUUCACAAACCGCUGCUGAAAUGAUGGGUAUCAUUGAACUGCUUAAGGAGAUUGGCGUGUCGGUUCAGCCUGAUUCAACGUUACAUGUUGACAAUCAAGCAGCCAUCGCUCAAAUCAAGGGCGAGGACACGUCUGGUCGAGCAAAGCACAUUGAUGUGCGAUUGAAGUUCGUAAAGGAUUUGGAAACAAAAGAAGAUGCUAAAGGUGCAGUACUGCGAAUCCAAGGGUAUGCGCGCGGACAUACUGACCAAGACCCUCCCAGCGCCGCGACUUAG